UCGCAUCAACGCUUCACCAAGUUAAACGCAUCACGAAAAGACAUCGAUAUAGGWUGACGCUGACUUAUAAUAGAUUCAACCGGACUGCAUGUAUUUGUAUAAAGUAUUGAUACCAAAAAAUUCAUGAGAAAAAUGAUGUAUAAAUUCACCAAUAUUCAAGUUGUUUGGUUGCUAGUAGUUUUAACAAGCUCAAUUUCUCAUGCUGCUACUAGUUGUAACGCUACAAUCAAGGUUGGAAGUUAUGGCAGAAUUGCAAUCCCUACAAUUUCCAGUUACUGCGAAUGGAAGAUAAUAAAGCGCGAUCUUUCCAUUGAUCUAUCCUUCAGUGAUUUUAGUCUUCUAUCUUGCGAUCAAUGCAGCUGUGAGGCUAUCGAAAUUUGGACACUGCGUCCAAAAAGCCUACUAGGAAGGUUGUGCGGCGAUUUGAGAAAUGAGGUUGUACAUAUCUACGAGAGCGACAGGAGAAUUUUGGUUAAGUAUUGGUCAAAGUCAGGUCUAGGGGGAAACAAGCGGUACAUUUACUUCAGGGUACACGGCGGUAUAGAUCAUCAACAUAAAGCUAUCACAACAACAGCUAUCGGMAUCCUCCUUGCACUGGUCAUCUUAGUUGGUGCCUUGGCSUGUGGAGUAUGCCUUGCUCACUGCAUCAAACCCAACAUUCGGCGACGCCGAAGAGAACCAUCAGUAAUACAAACACCGGACAUAUUGGACGGUCCCAAGCUGCCUCAUUUACCUAAUUACUACGACAAUGAAGGAGCAAUACCUCCCCCUUAUUUGGAGACCAUUGGGACUGAUGGGAACACUGUUAACCCCCCUAGCUAUGAAUGUCCGCCRCCAUAUUCUAUUCUUGAUACGUCUGGUGAAUUAGAGACAGCAGGAGAAACAAGUGCAAAUGAUCGUGUCAAUCAAACGACAUGAUUCCAAGGAUUUUUUUAUUUCAUUCGACGAGCUGCCUGUGGUUGCUCUGAUUAUAAAUUGRACAAAUAAUGAACGUGAUAGAGUGCACAAGUGACAACAGUAAAAUCAUGACAAUUUGGACAAUUUUGUACAAUUUUUAGUAGCAGUUACAUAGUUUAUAGUGUUCAUGAAGAACUAUACUGAUUGAGGCAUGUUCCACUAAAAGUUGCAGAUUUCGUGCAAAUUUGUGCUAUAUCAAUUUUGGUACAGUUCCAUGUAUAAACACGUUCGACUGAAUUGUGCGAAUUGUAUAUAUUCGUCUAAUCGAUCAUAUUUUACGGUCUCAAAGUGGGGUCACUAAUCUGUGAAACAAAACUUGACUCAAGUAUGAUUGUCAAAUACGGAAACAAAGGAAAACAAUGGAAUUAGAGCGUACUAAGAGCAUUCUAUAGAGUGUGCUUCAAGUAAAAACGUGAAACACUAAUUAUUAAAUCGUGCAAAUAGUGCUAGCUGAACAAAUUAAAAGAAUUAGUUUAAAGUGUGAUAGUCGGUAAAUUGACAUGAAAGAAAGUAAUGCAGUUAGAGCGUAGUACUAAGUUGUAGUGUAAUAUUUAUUUGUAUGAAAAACUUAAUUAAUGAAUCCAAAAGUCGUCUACUGCGACUUCACCAUUUUUAUAUUAUUCAAUCUUUGCCCAUAGAAUCAACCCAAUCCGGUCCAAUCGAAAAAAAAACGGUUUAUAUAUUGUCGUUAAUGCCCUCGACGGAUAGAGAAAUGUUAAGAAACUCAGAGAACAGUGAAAAACUCGUUGGCUAUCAUUGGUUAUUUUGUUGUUGUUCUAUUUUUAUUAUUUUUUAUAAUAAAGAAAUAAUGCGUUAAGCCAUAAUUCACAAAUGUUCUAAAUAAAACACUCACAAUAAAAACGAAUUUACAUUAAA